AGGCAGUGCAGGCGCCGCUCACGUCGGUCUCGAGAGGUUCUGUAGGUCUCUGGGAAGAUUCCCGGCGAGUUGCAGAGAUCCUGGGAAAACAGCGGCAUUAGCAAUUCCAAAGGAUGAGGACACUGGAGUUUCCAGCUUUCUAAGUUGAUUUCUGAGGGCUUUGGAAUCCCGGUGAGAACUUAGAAAUGGCAAAAAGUCUUUUGACUACGUCUCUGUCUGCAAGGACAAAACUGUUACAAACUGGGGUGUCGCUUUAUAAUACGUCUCAUGGCUUCCAUGAGGAGGAAGUGAAAAAGAUAUUGGAGCAGUUUCCUGGUGGAUCCAUUGAUCUUCAGAAGAAUCAGAAUGGCAUUGGCAUUCUCACUCUGAACAACCCCAAUAAAAUGAAUGCCUUCUCAGGUGUCAUGAUGCUACAACUUUUGGAAAGGGUAAUUGAAUUGGAAAAUUGGACAGAAGGGAAAGGCCUCAUUGUCCAUGGUGCAAAAAAUACUUUUUGCUCAGGAUCUGAUCUGAAUGCUGUGAAAGCACUCUCCACUUCAGAGAAUGGAGUGGCUUUAUCUAUGUUCAUGCAGAACACCUUAACAAGAUUUAUGAGACUACCGUUGAUAAGUGUUGCUCUGGUUCAAGGCUGGGCAAUGGGUGGAGGAGCAGAAUUUACUACAGCAUGUGAUUUCAGGUUAAUGACUGUGGAGAGUGUGAUCAGAUUUGUCCACAAGGAGAUGGGGAUAGUUCCAAGCUGGGGUGGUGCCAGCCGGCUGGUUGAAAUCAUUGGCAGCAGACAAGCUCUCAAAGUGUUAAGUGGGACCCUCAAACUGGAUUCCAAGAAAGCUUUAAACAUGGGCUUUGUUGAUGAGGUCUUACAGUCUUCCGAUGAGGCUAAGGCUCUAGAAGAGGCACAGGAAUGGCUAGAGCAAUUUGUCAGUGGGCCUCCAGAAGUCAUUAGGGGGUUAAAAAAAUCCGUCUGUUCAGGCAGAGAGCUGUAUUUAGAGGAAGCACUGCAGAAUGAAAGAGAUGUUUUAGCAACACUGUGGGGUGGACCUGCAAACCUAGAUGCUAUUGCUAAGAGAGGGAAACACACUAAAUAGCUUUUAAAAUAUGGGAGGAAGUGAAGUGAUAUUAAAAAUGAGCAGCAGAAUUCAUUUGAAAUUGACUGCUAAUACACUUAUGUGGUUUGGAUGAUAUUUUUCAUAUUGUUGGUUUUUCUUUUUUAACAUUUGCUUAAAAUCUCUUCUACCAAUUUCUACAUUCCUAUAGUAAUUCCUAUCCUAGAGCCAAAGAUCAAUUUUCAAACAGAAAGUCUAUUCUUUGGCUUAUCUUUUAUAAUACAUUUACUAAUUUAAAUUUUAAGGCAGGGUCUUAAACUUACUAUGUAGCCAAGGAUAGUCUUGAAUUUCUAAUCCCCCUGCCACCAUCUCCCAAAUGCUGGUAUAUACUAUUACAUCUGGCCAUUUUGUUCUUUCUUAAGUUGAUGUAAUUUACAAAAACAAAAUUAAAAACCAAAGACCUCAGUAAAUUUUUCUUAUGAAGCAAAAAGGGAGGAUUAGAGGCGUGUAAGAAAUGGUUGUCAUUUGCUCUGCUCUGUACAUUUAGGAUACUGAUGGGAAAUGGCCCUUUAUUGGGGAAAUGAAAAGGUGUAUCUUUGCUGAACUUGGAGCUUUAGUUGGUCUUUUUAACUGUGUUUCAAAUGACCCACUAAACAGUGAAAGCCACUAUACAGAGCACUGACUGGCUGUACAAAGUAGCUUUGCAUUGUUCCCUGGAAUUACAAAGCCAAUGGUAAAAUAGUGCUGUUGAUGGGGUUUUAUAAUUGAAACUAUUAAAGAUUUGUGAAGCAUCAUUAAACAUUUUCAUUUUUAUCAGAUUGAUUUUUUUAAUAAUACUUAAAAUUCUUGUGUGGCUAUCUUUUUAAAAACUAAAUUAAAUAAAAACACGUAAAUGAAAUGUCAUGUUCAUCUCAGAAAAGUUCUUUAAAAUGUAUGUGUAAGAAUUAAAUUCUCCUGACCUGUCUCAAUAAAAGGUAAAAGACA